UUGGCUCUGCGUCGGAGGCGGUGGUUUAGGGGGCCGAGAAUUCUGCCAGCCAUACACGUGGUACCGAAUAGCGAGGCGGGCUCAAGGCCAAAAAACUUGGGAGGUUUGCAGAACCUAGAGGAAUCCCUUAGGAUGAAGCUGAGUCUUACCAAAGUAGUUAAUGGCUGCCGCCUAGGAACAAUAAAAAACCUGGGCAAAACAAAGGACCAUACUGUGGACAUUCCAGGCUGCCUGCUAUACACCAAGACUGGCUCUGCCCCACACCUGACCCAUCACACGCUGCAUAAAGUCCAUGGGGUUCCUGUUGUGGUGCAGCUUACACUGUCAUCACUGGCAGAACAUCAUGAAGUCUUGGAAGAAUAUAAGGAAGGAAUUGGAAAAUUUAUAGGCAUGCCAGAAUCGCUCCUGUAUUGCUCCCUGCAUGACCCAGUCAGCCCUUGCCCAGCUGGGUAUGUAACAAACAAGUCUGUGUCCGUGUGGGGUGUUGGAGGAAGAGUGGAGAUGACUGUUUCCAAGUUCAUGGCAAUUCAGCAGGCCCUUCAGCCAGACUGGUUCCAGUGCCUCUCAGAUGGAGAGGCGUCUUCCAUGGAAGCAAAUUCCAUAAAACGAGCCAGAAAAUCUGUUGACCGAUCACUUCUAUUCCUGGAUAACUGUCUGCGGUUACAGGGAGAGUCAGAGGCCCUUCAGAAAAGUGCUAUCAUUGGAGUGAUUGAAGGGGGAGACGUGACAGAGGAGAGGCUAAGGUCAGCCCGAGAGACAGCCAAGCGGCCUGUGGGUGGCUUCCUUCUGGAUGGCUUUCAAGGGAAUCCAGCGACCCUGGAAUCAAGACUGCACUUGCUGUCAUCAGUCACUGCAGAACUGCCGGAGGAGAAACCAAGGCUCAUCUGUGGUGUUAGCCGGCCAGAUGAGGUGCUCGAGUGCAUUGAAAGAGGAGUGGACUUAUUUGAGAGUUUUUUCCCUUAUCAAGUGACAGAGCGGGGAUGUGCCUUGACUUUCAGCUUUGAUUACCAGCCAAAUCCUGAAGAGAAACUAUUGCAACAAAAUGGGACACAGGAAGAAAUAAAAUAUGUGGAUCAAACAAAGAAAAUUAAAACAACCAGUUGCAGCCAAGAAAUGACAUCAUUUGAAAUUAAUCUGAAGGAGAAAAGGUACCAGGAGGACUUUGAUCCACUUGUGAGAGGUUGUGCCUGUUACUGCUGUAAGAAUCAUACUCGCGCGUACAUACACCACCUGCUGGUGACCAACGAGCUCUUGGCUGGGGUCCUGCUUAUGAUGCACAACUUUGAACACUACUUUGGAUUUUUCCUCUCCAUCCGGGAAGCACUGAAAAGUGACAAACUGGCACAGCUGAAAGAGGUCAUCCACAGGCAGGUGUCAUGAGACCUGGCACACGGCCAUCUGACUCUUCACAUGGAGCCCAUACAACUGUCAGAAUGUGGGAAAAGGAGAAGAAGAAACUAUCUUUGUUUUAGUCAUUGAUAUUUAAGAAUAAGGUCUAUGCAAACAAGGAACUGUGCACGUGAUGCUAAGGAGAUUUCUUCUGGUGACUUAAAACCUGUAUUGAUCAGGAAGAUUGAACCGUGACCUUUAAUAUUGCUAUGGUAACUCCUUUAGUCAACGUUGAAAGCUUUCAAUGUGAAGAGACAGCCUUGAAGUAGAGGUGAUGAGAAUUUGAGGGUUCACUGAAUUGGAUUCCUUCUUGAAGGGAGAUGAUUGGUUGUGAGUAACGUGACCUCUGGACACGUACCUGUUGACUGGAGAAGGAAUCUGACUGAUGCAAGAGUUUGAUUUUAAUCAUUGUGUUCUCAGGGGCCACUUUCAGACCCUUUUGCCUUCUAGGCUGCCCGGCAGUGCAGUCGGUCAAAGAGGCUCUGUGAUUCCCCCAGUCUGGCCUCUCCGUGGAAUGUGGUGCUCCCACUCGGCCCUGUGGUCAGCUGGCCGAGGGCAUACUCCCUGCAUUUGACCACAUGGUCUAUUUGUGACUUUUCCCCUAGGAGUCAAUGCAAUUAAUUGCCUGUUAGGAGCCAAAAGUUUGCCUAGCUGCUUUUGUUUGGUUAUACAGAUCCACUCUUGUCUGCCCUCAGGCUCAUUAACAGUAACCACAUAAUAACUGUAGCCCUGUCACUUGGGGAGAUGCCUUCAUGUGCUCCCUUGGACAGAGCCGUGGUCUGCCAGUUAGGAGAUUAGGUGUCGUUCUGCACAUCACUUGCCCUCUCCCUGAGUGUUUCCUCCUGGAUAAACAGAGACAGGCUUGGUGGAUAGGCCUAAAUGAACUUGUAAGAUUCCAUCCAGCUCUAAUUUGGGAACAAAAAUUUGUUUAGGGUCUUAGCCUUACAUGUGUCCUUGUUUAUUGAUAACUAUUGGCCUGAUAAAAAAUAUGCAGUGGAACUGGGAGUCAGGCAGCGGUAGAGAUAUCUGAGAGCCUGAAAAGAAGUUUGGCCUGUGGAUUUUGAACUGUUAGGUGAACUGGCAUCAGUGUUCCUGAGGCUGGGAAGAGCUUCUCAGAUCAUUUCUCAUUCUGUGAGUUUUUCUGCUCUCACCAAAGGAGUGACAUUUGUGUUGGUGGCAUGACAGGUGAUUUUUUUCUGUGUAUUUUUCUGUAUUUGUCAAAUUUUCUAUAAGGAUACACAUACACACAUGUGUACACACAUAGUUUUUAUAAAAACAACCAACAGGACCAAAAAGAUGCCAGUAUUUUGAUGGUAAGAGUGUGAAUGAUAUUUGUUUUACAUUCUUGUGCUAUAUUUUGCUGUUUGUUCUUUUUAGUGGGCAUUACUGAACAUUGUUUUUAAUUAUUAUGUGGUUACUGUAUUUUUAUCUGUUGGGUGCCCAUCUAGAUGGUCUUCUUUUAUUAAUAGUUAUAGGAGUAAGAUACACAUAACCUUUUCUCUAUGAAAGGUAAGUGUACUUAUGAAAGACAGAGUUUCUGUUCUCAAGGAUCUGACUGUUUUGAAAUACACUGGAUUGGGCUUGUGUAUAUUGUUUAUAUUCCUGUUGAAUGCCAAACCCAUUGGUGGAGUACUAGUAAAUAUCCUAGAGUCCAGAUAAAAUUUAUGAGUUUUAUCUGUGUUCAAAACAGAAAAUUCUUCCCAGCAUCAUCCAUUUUUCUUAUCAGUACAUUCUGGAAUAAGGUCUUUUUCUUAUUAGCACGUUUGAAAAAAUGUUUCUUUUCUUUAAAUAUAUCAAAGUCAAUAGCCAAUAAACUUUUUAAAUUAAAAAAUAUAUAUUCUUGUUUACAGUAAAUAGUAGUGAGUCUAUUAAUCAAAAUAUUAAGUUUCCAUGGCACCAGAAAUAUUCUCCAUUGGAAAAAAUUUUCUCUACAUUUGUUCCAUCUGUAGUCACUGUUUUAAGUGCAUUCACACUAAGUUCAGAAUCCAAGCAGGAGAUUCAGUGAUGCACCUGACUUUUAAAUUACGUAAUUAGGUUGCCUUAAGGCCAUGUUAGCACAUAAUAAAAAUAAUGACCACAAUCUAUGGAACAUUUGUAAUGUGCCAGGCACCUUUGUUAAUGCUUUCCCUAUUUAUGUCACUGACCUGCAGAGCAUGGCUGUGAGGUGUUGGUAUUAUUUUUCCUGUGUUAAGAACAGAGGUUCAGGAAGAUUGAGUAGCCUGUCUGAGGGCCUACCAGGAAUUUCUGGAAGGUCUAGUAUUUUGGGCCUACCACUAGUCAGCUCCCAGGUUAGACUUUAGCCCCAUCUAACUAAAACUCAACAGUUGACCAUUGUGCAAAGUAGCUUUUUUCUUAUGCCUUGUUCCUGGGUUGAAGGAACUAAAAGCAGCAAGGACUGAGCAGAGCGGUCUUCUGGUCUGGAGGCAUCAGGUGCUUUGGAGCUCUGCUGCAGCCUGGCCCUGGCUCCCACCCUGUGGGGAGUCACUGGCACUGGCUGUGUAGCCCACAUUACCACACUGGCACCUGUAGGUCUGUAGGUGCUCAGCGUGAGUUGCCACUCCAUAUCCCCAAAUCCACCCUGCCCCCAGGGUAGGGACUGUAAUGACAUCUGAGUGGUGUUGAGAGGGUUUGGGGCUGUGGUCAGUUCAAGUGGACUCGGGUAGCCCACAGGGGUCUGAGGUUUCCUGUACACCUUGCAGGAGGGCUAUUCCAUUAUUCUCUGGGAAAAAGGGAAAAGAUUCUUCUAAAACAUUUAAAACCAAAUAUUUGUGUAAUUAAAGCAUUUUAAUAAAAAUUUCAAAUAAAGACCAUCAAAAGGUUAAGAUUAGAGUGUGUAAGCCACUAUCUCAUCUAGGAUGUUUUUUUUCUGUUGAGGCAGCUUGGAGCUCACUGAGAAACCACAAAAUUAAAUGAUUAUCCUAUGCCUGCCUGAUUAGGAACAGGCUGCUCUCUGUAGUUUGAUUAGUCUCACUCAUAGCUAUGGGAUCACAGCUUAUUAAAACUGACAAUGCUGUGUAGGGCAGGGAGCUGGGAAGGUCAAACUUACAUGCUGAGCCAGCCACCAGCAAUGCUCUGCCUUUACCUGGUUUGGUGUAAUUGGCAUUCAUUUUAAUACUCUUUGUCAUUUCUUUAUUUUUUUCCAACUUUCAGGUCUCUUCGUCAUUUUAUACCUUUUUCCUUCUCUUCUUACUCAUGAGAGUGUCUAAUUUAUGACAAUAUAACCUAAACAGCAGUGGGCAAAGAAGAAAAGCAAGCCCAGUGUCAGCAACGUGAAUUAGGGUAACAAUACGUCCUCACUGCCCCCAACAGACCUGGUUUAUAUCUUGGGUCCAGGCAUAGUUACUAACAGCACCCCCUUUUACUCUCAAAAGUGAUCUAGUUUGGAUAACAAGUUACAGUCUCCCCAAUGUGAGUGGUAGACACAGUCGAACUAGAGAGCAGGCGUCCCACCUAAAUGGGACAGCUGCUACCCACCUCUGCUAAUUGCUGCUUUGUGCGCCCAGUGCUGUCAGAUCUUCCAGUUUCUCAGAGAAGCCAAAAGUCUGGAUUUUCAGGUUAAGUCUCAGAAUUUUCAAAUGCUAGAUCAAUUUUUAAAAAAUACUCUUGCCAGCCAAACAAAACCUAGGUACACCUAGUUUGCAGCCUUUGGUUUGGAAUCUGAAGGGAAGCCUUUGGCAUCUUUAGCAUUUCUAAAUUUCUCAAUGACUCCUCAGAAUACAUAGAAAAAGCACCUAUCGUUUCUUGGUCCUGCAGCUAAUCCCUAUGUCGUCCCAACUCCAUGGCCUGAUCCCCAGAUAACUCCCAGAACCAUUCUAAAUCUGCCCAAGGGAAGGUAUGCUUCGAUGGUCUUCUUCAACGUAUUAUAUGGAUGAGAACUGUUUAAGCCUGGAGAAAAACAAUAGCAGUUGCUGUGUCUUCCCUCUUAAAGGAGUUUACACAGACACAUUUCUUUCUAGUUCCCACUUUGGCUCUUCUACAUCUUACCCUAUUUUCUCCUGAGCUGUGCUCUUCCAGGGGCAGCAGUGACUGCCCAGUACUCAUUCUCCAGUGGUCCCUUCUGACUCACAAAACCAGUUGGUGCAAGGAGAGAAGGGCUAUUGCUCCUUCUAGCAUUAAUAGCAAUGUCCUUGCUGACAUAGUGAGGGCUCAGUUACUGUUGUCGAGUGCACAGAUGUUCUCAGAGCCGUUGAGGCAUUAUCUUUACAUUUUAGCCAGCUGAGCACUGGAUAAGAAGUGACUGGCCCAGCAGUGUGUGGUAGGACCUCGGCUAAAUGUCUCAUCAGUGGCGGUUUUAUCUCACUUAAUGCCAGGCAAGCUCCCAGUGACCUGACUUUUUUUCCUCUUUUACUCCAUUCUGCUUUCUACCAUUAGCAUCUUUGAGUGCUGGCCUCAAAGCAAUUUCCCCUGCUCUGACAAGAGGAACUCAGAGUGAACUUUUCUUUUGUUCUCAUUCCUCACAAUCCACUUUGAGACCAGGUUUAAGUUGCCAAGGAGUUCAAACAGCCUGUGCUUCUGCCAGUAUGAUUCAGAGGGAUUGCAUAUCCUCUCUGCACACUCUCCCUAAUGUUGGCCGCUUUGCCUGAACUGCUGUCCCCUGCUGUCGGCUCCUUUGUCUGAGAAACACAUUUUCUCUUAUUAUCACCUUGCUCCCUGCCUGUUUCGGGUGGCUUCAGCUUGCCUCUUAACAAAAUCAAGAUGUUGCUAUUAAUGGUCUCUUUCUUAACAGCUUAGAGUUACUUUUAUUUAGUCCUUUUUCCCUUCCCUCCCAAACCACAUUAUCAUCUCUGCCUCAAAUAGAAGUUUCAUAACCCUUUCAUAACUACUGCUUUAUAGUUGUUUUCAAUAGAGGGGGGAGAUAAAAAUAAAGGCAGAGAAACCAAAACGAUAGGGGGAUGAGAGAUACGCAAUAUUUGAGAUACAGGGCAAACAAUCAGGUCUCUUUUAUGAAGAAAUUGUCCCUCAUGACCGACAUCAGAAGCCCAGAAGUCUGGUGAGGCUUUCCCUCCAGCUUUUAUGGAUCCCCUCUAAAAGCCUCUUUACCUUCCAAAUAAUAAAGAUACUGCUUAGAACCAUCCCAGAAUCCUUUAUGUUGGUCAUAAAUCCUUUCAUAGAAUCCAAUUACAUAACAGAUAUGAGUUUUUCAAAUCACCCCCAAAACCGAAAAUACCCACAUACACAGCAUUUUCCAGUUUCUACUCAUUUAUUUUUAUUUUGGUUUAACAAACUUAUAUAACACUAUAACACUUCUACCACAAUCCCAUUUAUCAUUCUCCCAGCUGAAGAAAACACAAACUAUGCAAAUAUACUCCGUUUCCCAUGUAGUCAUUUACACCUCAAAAAAGAGUGACAGAGUAUGUUCAAUUUUUCUUUUUUUAACCUGAUCUGAUUUUGUUUAGACUACAAUUUCAUGUUGUUUGAGUAGAAAAGUCACUUCCAGUCAUGUUGAAAAAGUCAGUUCAACUUUACUUUUCCACCUGAACAUUCAGCCAUUUCCACAAAUCCAACAUGUCAAAAACCAGAUUUAUUAUCGAUCUUCAAUCAAACUAGUGAUCCAUUUCAACUUCUGUGCCUCUGUCAAGGGCACCCAUCUUCCAGGCAGUCCACUGGAAAACCGAUUCCUUAGAUGAAUGAUAGAAUUUAGAGAGGGACAGGGGUGAGAUGUUUUGAGGGAGACAUGAAUAAGACCUGGAGACUGGCUCAGAGGCAUGAUUCAAGGCCGAUUGCCACCCAUCCUGCCAUUGUCCCCUCUAGUCCCCAGCCACUCCUCUCCUCCUUUAAUUUCACCAUUCACUGCUACGAGGCCAUACUGUCACAAGUUACCUCCAAGGGGAUACUCCCUGACUAAAAACCUUCCAUGGCCCCCAAGGCCAACCAGAGCAAGACUAAGUGGGCUGAUGAGUUUUUCAGCCUGUCAUGAUCUGACCCUGUCCAAUUGUGUGGGCUUUCCCACUUGCCCCCAGUGGUCACAUCCUAAUCCUGCCAUUCUUCAAGGGCCAGGCCAAGAAACAAAGCUUCCAUAAAAACUUGCUUGUUUAGAAUCCUAGACUCUCAGGAGUGAAAGAUGGGGGGCUUCCAUUCUGGCUUCCCUUGUUCAUAACGGCAGCAACAACUAGGGUUCUAGGGAUUUGGUUGGCUCAGGCCUUCAGUUCUGUAAGCCUCAUCUCCCAGCCCGACUAUCAGCUCUGUAAGGGAAAGGGAAGUCCUCAGUAUUUUCCAUCUGAAACCCCUCUCCUGCCCCAGCUUUCACAUGUGUCCACUGAAAAAGUUAAAGGGGGAAUGCAUGACUGGUUUUUUUCGCACCAUAUGCAUACAGUAUGCUCUCUGUUCUGUCUUUAAUAUAUCCCAUGUCCCAAUCCUCUUUCAUUAUUUGUUCAGUACUUCUGUGCUUCAGCAUGUUAUCUUCCUUACUGCUCACAGCAAACCUCUUGAGUUGAUAUUCUCCCAUUCACAGAGGAGAUACUGGGGCUCACAGAUGUUAAGUGAUUUGUUCAAGGAUACAAAGCAGGGCAUUCAGGAUUUCAAUGGGGUACUAUGACUCUCAAGUCCAGGAUUUUCCCAUUUCUCCUCUUGACCUCCUUAAAACUGUGUUUUUCUUACACAGAGCAUCUGCUCUUCUUCAAGAACAAAGGCUAGAGGUAGAUGGACACCUAUGCAAAACAGAACUUCCUUGUGGGAUCACCUCUCCUGGUUGCCCUCUGGGCCAACCCCACAGUACUCCCUAUGUUGCUAGGACCCGACCGGUAUAUCAGGAUGAGGUCGUCCCUGGUUUCUUUUCCCUUUUUGUUUCAGAACUCAAGCUGCAUUUUCGUGAUGAAAGGUCUGAGGUGUGACCCAGAGAUAGUUAUUUUGUUUUGGUCAAAGGCUUAUACAUUUACAUAUAAAUGAAAAACAAAAGAACAUGUAAAUUGUAGGAAGGGAAAAAAAGCGCAGUCUUUCUCCUUGUCAUAAAAAGAAUUCUUUGGUGACAAAGACAACAUACUUUUAGAGCCAAAGGAAAAGCUAUAGAUCUAUCCAACUCCUUCAUUUUAUAGCGACAGAACCCAGGCCCAGACAGAGAGUGUGACUAACCCAGGGUCCAACAGGAAAUGAGAGGCAGGUGGGACCAAGGAUGCUAGGGUUCCUUUCCAAGCCCAAGUUCUCCUCCAUGUCCCUGUAUCUUGCUCUGCUUCCAGGAAGCCUCAGUUCUCUAAAGAUGCUCCUAUGUCAUAUAUGAGGUGCCAGUGAUGGGUAAUUAUAUAUGUUGACUUGACUGCGCAGAGAUGCCCAGAAAGCUGUUUUACCAUUUACAUUCUCUACAUUAUUAUUUCUAAGUGUGUCUGUGAGGGAGUUUUGGGAAGAGAUUAACAUAUGAAUCCCUAGAUAGAGUACAGAAAAUGCCCUCAUCAAAGCAGUGGGCUUCGUUCAAUCCACUGAGGGCCAGAACCGUCCAAAAAGGUAGAGGAAGGAUGAAUUUGCUCUCUUGCUUGAGCUGGGACAUCCAUCUUCUGCUCCCUAGACAUCAGUGACCCUGGUUCUCCAGCCUUGGGACUUGCUUCGGAAUCACAUCAUUAGCUUUUCUGGUUGUCAGGACUUUGGGUUUGGGCUGGAACUGCAGGUCAGCUUCUCUGGGUCUCCAUGUAGAUGGCAGAUCAGACCAUGUGACUUUUUGUCCUUUAUAAUCAUGUGAGCCAAUUCCUAUAAUAAAUCCUAUCUCUCUAUCCAGCUAUCUAUUUAUCAAUAUAUCUCCUAUUGAUUCUGUUUCACUGGGGAACCCUGACAGACAGUAUUUUACCACUCUGGCAAUGGCUAUAGCCCUCCCAGAUGCUGGGAUAAUAGUGAUUCUUGAACACAGAGGACAUUCUGUUUGCAGAUGCGUUUUUAGGAAACUUCAUUGUAACUCCGGGGGAAAAUAAAUUUCCAGCCUGAGGCCAAUUAACUUUGAAAUAGAAAUCAGUCAAAGGAGAAAUAAAGUGGGAGAAACCUGUUUAUUGCUUACAAGCAACCAUCCACUUCUGCUCACCCAUGUCUCAUGACCAGGUUGCAAAAAGGGACUCCACCCAACCUCUCUGAUCCAGAUAUGCCCUUGCUCCCCAUUGUAAUUACCUAUUGAUAUGGAGAUGGACUACUUCUCUUCACUCCUUGGAAAUA